AUGGAGGGAGGAGUUUGGAAGGCUAAUGUUGAGAUAUCGCCCAAUUGUCCCCGUUGCGGCUCUUCCAAUACCAAAUUUUGCUACUACAACAACUAUAGCCUCACACAGCCCCGCUACUUCUGCAAGGGCUGCAGCGGUAUUGGACCAAGGGCGGAUCACUCCGGAACGUGCCCGUCGGCGGAGGCUGCAGGAAGAACCGGAGAGAAGCCGGAGCCAAAGUCAACAGGUUUGAAAUGCCAGAAUUGCCUUGUGAAUUCCACCAUCUUUCCAGCUUUCAUCAACUCUUUCAACGUCGAACACCAGCCUGGAUUCAUCACAUAUUCAAUUACGCCGGACACUCAUUUGAGUGAGGAUAACCAGGUCUAUCUUAGUGGCUUCCACCCUAUUCACACCCAUCAUGACCAUGACUCUGCCAAUAUUUAUGGGCUGCCACCACUGCCAGGCCAAGAGGUUGCUUCUCCGGAGAUGUUGUGGCCCAUUUCUCAAGACAUGGUUCAGAAUCAGACCUUGCACGAGACCAAUUGCCAGCUCUGCACCCAGAAGCUGCUCAACAUCCAAAUCAUGUAG